UCUCUUCACCAUCAUCUUUUACGCAAUAGUCCACUGAAAAUUUUUUCGUGCACCCGGACUGGACCUGCGACAAUAUAUUUAAUUGUUAAUUUACAUAAACCAAUUAAACAAUAAAGUUGUAACCAUGCUACGACUUGUAGCAGGACGUAUUGGAUCAGCCGUCCGGGGUAUCGCUGCUCCAAGGACAUCAGCAGCUUUAGUUAAUGGAACCAGAAAUUCAUCCCACGGUCCCCAGGAAACCGACGAGGAGUUCGAUACCAGAUUUGAAAACUACUUCAAUCGUAAGGACAUCGAUCACUGGGAAAUCCGUAAGGCCAUGAAUGAUUUAGCUGGUAUGGAUCUUGUUCCCGAACCUAGAAUAAUAAACGCAGCAUUGAGAGCUUGCCGCCGUUUAGAUGAUUACGCUUUGGCUGUCAGAUUUCUCGAAGUUGUCAGAUACAAGGGUGGAGAUCAAGCCCACGUAAUUUGGCCAUACGUUGUCCAGGAAAUAAGACCGACUCUCGAUGAGUUGGGUAUUCUUACACCCGAAGAAAUGGGAUACGACAAACCAGAGUUAGCGCUCAUAUCUCCAUACGAUAUGUAAAUCAACAAUUAAAUUAACCGCUUAAAUAAAAAUAUUAAAGAAUGAAGAAAAAAUAAGAAGAAGAAGAAUAAUUAGUCUUAUUUAAGUCACAAUAAUUAAUAUUGAUACGCAUUGGAGUUAGUUAAUUAUUAUAAUAAAUUCAUUGUAAUAUUUUCUUGUUAAAAUAUCAUUGUGAGUAAAUAUAAUAACGAUUUAAUAAAAAAUAAAUCAAUAAAUUACUAGUGAUAAAGGUA